AUGACAAAGCUUCAUUACCAACAAUUCCGGAAGGACACCAAAAUUGAAAAAGUUUGUGUCAGAGCUAGCAAUGACAAAAAUGACAAAUUGUCAUUUGUGGGUUUGCAAGACAUUCGAGCCGUGUUUCCAGAUGCAUUGCGAUUCAAAUUGAAUCAUUUCCCCAUCCCAUUCCUUGAAGAUUCUAAUGGCAAUAGAAUCGAACCUCCGUGCAUUGCAUUCUAUCCUGGCAAGAUCCUGGACGUCAUUGCAGAGGCACCGCGACCCAGCAGCAUUAACAACAACAACAACAACAACAACAACAACAACAACAACAACAGCAACACCGUUGUCCAUUUACCAACAUUCAAAGCAUCGGAAAAUCAGGACUCUCUUUUGCUAUUAUCAAACCUGGCUCAAUCUCUCAACUCUUUUCUUACCACCUACACUCGCACACAAUCCGACAAUGUCAAUUCCAUUCCCAAUCCUAAAGCUAUUAAAAACUUGAAAGUGACCCAAGGAGAGGACCAAAAGGUGAUCAAAGUGCAAUUGAAACCUAAAGAGAAGGAUGAGAAGGAUGAAAUGAUCACUGAUCUGCAACAUCAAACCCUCGAAAGACUUGCUAUCCUCCAAAAAUAUGCUCAAGCUAUCUUCAUCCAGAACUCUGAGCUACAAAAGUACCCAAUCCCCCGAUUGUUUAUCAUCUUGCCUAUCGACAGUACAAAGUGGGACCCAAUAAAUAUCUUGAAGAACAAGGUCCGUCUUCACUUCCUAUGCGAACGUGAAGAUCACUCCCUAGAGUCAAAAAAGUGUAGCCAGAACGGAAUCCACAUUACCAAACAUGACGGAUAUGAAAUACAAAACAUUACAGAGUUCUUUCGAAAAUAUGGGAAAUACAUACUCAUCCUUUUAGAAUGGCUCAAGCUGGGGAUGGGAACGGGAACGGGAACAACAGUCCCAAACCUGCUUAAUGUUGGUAUCGACUAUUCAAUUGACUAUAUCAAAGCGCUCUCUCUCGAGUAUCCGGAUCUGAGUAACAUCAACGCAAUCGAUAAUUAUGAGGCACUUGAAGGACCUGAUCUUCAAAAAUUAGGAACGUUCCUUCAAACCAACGACGAGGACAGACAACUUGGCAAUUUGUACAGGAUCAUAAUCAAAGUGGGCCAUGUCGAAUGGGUGUGUGUGGACCACUACCGUUCGACUUGUUGCAGCAAAGGUCAGAAAAGGCUUGAAAUUGCGGUGGAAAUGAAUAAUGGGAAAUAUGACUUGCACCUUGGUAAAGUAGUCAUCGAAUUGGAAUCUGAAGACAGCGCUGAUGAAUUCUUUGCUGCUCUGGCCAGGGCAGGAAACGUUUACGAAUUGGAUAUCGCACUGAAGUGGGACUGGACCAAGGAUGAUCUUGAGGCACUUGAAAAUGCAUUAAAGGUGUCGAGUGUAUCGAUUCUUCGACUUGAUCUUGGGUGGUCUCGAGAAAGCAUCAAUAAGAAACUACUUCCAGCAUCUAUACGAUAUGAACCACUUGUUCGUAUCAUAGAACUCCACAAUAUGAAAACGAUACAUAUUCUACUGUGUCCGGAUCUCAUCGAGCUUUCCAAAUUUCAGCCUAAAAACUCAUCACACCUUCAAGAGUUAUCCUUUGAGAUGAGGCCUCGAUGGAUUGAAGCUAACGAAUCUCAAGUUAUUGCAGCCUCACUCAAGACCGCUACGAAUUUGACCCGUUUAGACUUGUACGACAACUCAAUUGGGGCUAAAGGAGCUCUGGCACUGUCCAAGGCCCUCAGGACUAACACCACUUUGACAUAUUUGGACUUGGAGGCAAACCCAAUUGGGAAUAAAGGAGCUCUGGCACUCUCAAAGGCACUCAAAUCUAACACGGCAUUAACCACCUUGAAACUGGAGGCAAACUCAAUUGAGAAUAACGGGGUCCUUGCAUUAUCAAAAGCACUCAAAAUCAACACAACUUUGAUCACUUUGAGUUUGAGUUACAACUCAAUCGGGGACGAAGGGGCUCUGGCAAUCUCAGACGCACUUAAGGCCAACACUAGUUUAAAGAUCCUGGACUUGAGUAUCAACGAAAUUGGAAAGGAUGGAGCUCGGGCACUGUCAGAAGCGCUCAAGGUCAACACGACUUUGACUGCUUUGGACUUGGAAAACAACAAAAUCAGGAAUGGAGGAGCUUUGGCGCUAUCAGAGGCGCUCAAAGCCAACCCGACUUUAACUAAUUUAAGUGUGAAGUGGAACUCGAUUGAGGACGAAGGAGCUCUUGCGCUGAUAGAGGCGCUCAAGGGUAACAUGGUUUUGGCCAAUUUGGACUUGAGGGACAACUCAAUUAACAAGGAAAGGGUCCUAGCGCUGCUGGAUGUGUUCGGGAACAGCUCAGCUUUGACCACUUUGGGCUUGUGGGCCGACUUGGUUGCGGAGGAACUGUCAGGACCACUCAAGGGCAACGCGGUAUCGACCACUUUAGAUUUGAGUGGCAGCUCAAUUGGAGAUGAAAUAGUUCUUGUACUCUCAAAGGCCCUCAAGACCAACACGACCUUGGCCGGCUUGGGCUUGCGGAACCACGCAAACGGAAAUGAAGGAGCUCUAGUAUUGUCAGAGGCACUCAAGGCUAACACGACUUUGGCAUAUUUGGACUUGUACAACAACACAAUUGGGAAAGAAGGAGUCCUUGCACUGUCAGAGACAUUAAAGGUCAACACGAUUUUGGUCACUUUGGGAUUAAUAGACAACAAAUUUGGGCAUGAAGGAACUCUUGCACUGACAGAGGCACUAAAGAUCAACACAACGUUGACAGUUUUGAACUUGCAGGGCAAUUGUAUUGGGGACAGAGGAGCUAUGGCACUGUCAGAGGCACUUAAAGUCAACUCAACUUUGAACACCCUAAUCUUGAAAAACAACUCGAUUCAGAAGGAAGGAGCCCUUGCACUCUCGGAGGCUCUCAAGACAAAUACGGCGUUGGGUGCUCUUGCACUCUCGAAGGUGCUCAAGACUAAUAAGGCUUUGACCGGUUUGGACUUGAGUAUCAACUUUUUAGGAAGUAGUGGGGCUCAGGCGUUAUCAGGGAUGCUCAAGAUCAAUAGGACUUUGAAGACUUUGAAAUUGAGUAGCAACUCAAUUGGGAAUCGAGAUAGUUUACAAUUAAUCCUGUCUAAACUAACAGAGUGA